CUCCCGCAUACCGCAUACCCGCAUACGCCGUAUAGAUGGUCCGUGUAGAAGGAUCACAACAGUGGCUGCCAAUUCUUGACGGUCUUGUCGUGUAUCAUCGUUGCACUGAGAAGAUUCGAAAACAAGAGGCGAACGGAGGAACGACGUGGCGAUGCUAAACCAGGCGGUGGUCGAGGCGCUUUACUCGGCGACGUACAUCGAGAACUAUCUGGACUGCGUGGAAAAUCUGCCAAAUGACUUGCAACGACACGUCUCCCGACUCCGCGAGCUGGAUGCCACUUGUCAAACAUAUCUACAUGAGAUGGAUCAGCAACAGGAGGUGCUACGAAAUGACACGGAUCCCACUGUCAAAAGAAGAGCAUUGAUGAGAGUACAGCAAGCCUUAAUAGCGGCGCAGGAGAUAGGAGAUGAGAAAUUACAAAUUGUUCAACAAGUACAAGAUCUUAUUGAGAAUAAAUCAAGACAGUUGGAUGUGGAUUAUCGAAAUUUAGACUUUGGAAAAGAGCAAGAAAAUUCGGAAUCAGUUCGUGAAUCAAAUAUGAACAGUAAUUCGAAUAACGCGAGCCAUGCAAACAACUCGGAACGUCAGCCAAAACGUGCCAGAAGAACGAGGACUGAAACCUUGAUAGAAUCAAGUUCCAUGGACAUGAUGGUUGGAAUGACAGAAACAAGAUCUUCGGCAUUAUCCAAUACAAGUAAUGGAAAUCAGAAGAAAACAGCGGCGGCGGCAACUGGUAAAAAGAAAAAGCGGAAAUCUCGGCAAGGAAAUCAACAGAACCAGCAUCGUGAAGAUACGCCGCCGCCACCAGAAGACGAUCUCGCUAUAGAUCCUGACGAGCCGACAUACUGUCUAUGCGAUCAGAUAUCAUACGGCGAGAUGAUUCUUUGUGACAACGACCUUUGUCCCAUAGAAUGGUUCCAUUUUUCUUGUGUCUCUUUAACGACAAAACCAAAGGGUAAAUGGUUCUGUCCCAAAUGUCGAGGUGAUCGUCCUAACGUCAUGAAGCCCAAGGCGCAAUUCCUUAAAGAACUAGAAAGAUACAACAAAGAAAAAGAAGAGAAAUCAUAGCAAGAGCACAGCGGUGAAAAACUUAAAAAUUUCGCCAAACCUAAUUGGACUUAAUUCGAGAUUUUCAGAGAGAUCGCAAGAAUUAAGAUUUUUUGAUUGUAAACAAAAUUUGAUACAAUUAAAUUUUGAGUUAUAUUUCUUCCUCGUUAAUUUAUAAUUCUAAUUGUAAAAUUAUAAUCAGGAUGCAAUAUGUCUCUUUGUGCUUAAAUUGUAAAAAAUUAAUAUGUAUGUGUGUGUGUGUGUAUGUAUGUGUGUACGUAUGUAUAUAUAUGUAUAUAUGAAUGUAUACAUGUGUGUAUAUAUAUAUAUGUACAUGUGUGCGUUUGUAUGUGUGCUAUUAACGAUUGUAUAUAUAAUGAGACCAAUAUUAAAUGAGUCAUAGAUUUAUGUUCAAAUGCAUUUCCUUCGUUGGUAUCAAUUCACGAUAUUGACUUAAUAUACUCAUUUAUUAGAUCAGAGUGUAUGAUAAAAUACUAUAUCUUUGCAAAAGCAAUAGUCCAAAAAAAUACACGACUCAUGUAUACAACAUUAACUAAUGUAAAUGUAAUGAAAAAUAACAAUGUGUAAAUAACUAUAAAAUAACUGGACAAUUAAAAUAAAACAUUUCAUAUUUCAUAAAAAUA